CUGUCCUCGGUCCAUGUUGGACAGAACGAGGCUGUUCCUGUCUGUUUUCACAGCUUUGGUCCAAUCAGACCAGAUAUGGGACAUGGAUGGACUAUGGAUGGAUGACCUGAGCAGUUCUAGUCUGGGAGGGGCUCCAGCAGCGGCACUGUUAGCUUCCACACUAGUGCUGUGGUGUUCCUCUGACACUAUGGCCCCACAGAUCAGCCUCCUCAUGUUCUGACCUUCACACACCUUCAUUUAUUCUGAGCAGAUCCAACUGGACCUGAUGAGGACAAACAGUAGUACAGGCUGAAACAGGACAGGAGGGGUUAGAGUGAAGAAAAAAAAGACAAAACCAACCCAGACACACACAGAGGAAGUGGGAGGGUUUUAGACGGACCGUCAAAACGUCAAACAGUAGGUGUGAAGUCAGACACAAGGACCAUGAAGGCAUCACCUGAACUGGGUCUGCUCUACGGACUGCAGAGGUUGUCCUGAGGUGCAGGUUUGUGUUGGAUGGUUCAGUGUUCAGACCCUCAGACCCACCUCACUGUCUUUUCUCUUCAGUUCUGAUGUCACUGCUGAGCUGCACAAACACAGCGUCUCUGAAGGUGAGUCCAAACUGGUCCCAGUUCUUUGAAGGACAGUUAGUGUCUCUGAGCUGUGAGGACGAAGGACCUGGAUGGACUCUGAGAAGAAAUACAUCUAGAGGAACCAGGAGACACUGUGGAACAGAAUGGGGUAGAGGGAAUGGGUCCUCAUGUAGGAUCCGUACGCUCUUCUCCUGGGACAGUGGUGUGUACUGGUGUGAGUCCUCAGAGGGACAGACCAGGACCAGCAUCAGCCUCAGUGUGACAGGUGGACCGCUGGUCCUGCACAGUCCUGUCCUCCCUGUGAUGGAGGGACAGGAAGUGUCUCUGCACUGUCGGACACGCCCUCCCUCCAACCGCUCAGCUGACUUCUAUAAAGAUGGAGUCUUCGUCGGCGUUGGGCCUGCAGGUCACAUGACCAUCCCCCAGGUGUCACUGGCUCAUCAAGGCGUCUACAGGUGUGACAUCACAGGAGUUGGACAGUCUCCGCCCAGCUGGAUGUCCGUCUCAGAGAAAUCUACCACCACAACACCUUCUGUUCCACCUUCUGUUCCACCUUCUGUUCCACCUUCUGUUCCACCUUCUGUUCCACCUUCUGUUCCACCUUCUCCUGGUUCUCUGGCUCUGAUGGUUCCUGUUGGAUGUACCUGUGCUCUGGUUUUCCUCAUCGUACUGGUUUUACUGGUGAUACGAUGCAAACGAAGGAGAACUGCAGGUGCAGAGGUGGACUCCACACAUGCAGACGUCACCUACGCUGACAUCACCACCAUAGUCACAUAUGAGGUCACCCAGGUCCAGACGUCAGGUAUGAGGUCACCCAGGUCCAGACGUCAGGUAUGAGGUCACCCAGGUCCAGACGUCAGGUAUGAGGUCACCCAGGUCCAGACGUCAGGUAUGAGGUCACCCAGGUCCAGACGCCGGUUAUCUUUAAGAGCUAAAAAUCAGUUUGGACGCUAAAAAUGUCAUUCAUUGAUUCAGAACGUCUGGUAUUGUCAGUUCUUUUGUGUCGUCUUCUAUUAAACAGUUAAAUUCAGUUGGUGGUGAUUUGUAUUUGUGUUUCUAUGUAUUUGAAAUGUCAAAUAUAUUGUGAAUUGUGAAUUUUUCUAUCCUUUUUUUGAUGUAUACUAUUAUGUAUAUGUACUGUUCAGUUGUUCAUUGUUCAAAUCAAAUAAAUAAAACAAAGCCGUAUCAUGCCUGGUAGUUUCCACAUACACUCUGGACAUCGUCACCACGUCAUCCACUCACAGUUCACAACAGUUUUUAAAAUAAUUUUAUAAACACCAAAGUUGACCCUUCAUGUAAAUUGAACUCUCAGUAUAUUUUAUUUGGCCUUUUCACAAACUGAUAAAAUAAAUCCAGAAAAAAAAUAUUAUCAACCUUUUAGUUAUUUUUGCCUAAUUUCACAUUCAUUGCACUAAAUUUGACUCCCAGUCAUCUACCUCCUUCAAAUCUCAACGUAAACAUUGGAUGAAGGAAAACCAAACCUGUGACCAUCAGUCGUUUGUCCUCACUGUGUUCUAUGUGUUUUUAGGAUGUUUGAUCUUUUUGUCCACUGUCUUUCCUGUCACCUGCCUAAGGACUACAGGUGGAAAUGAGUACUGCUGCUA